AUGGCCAGCGAAGCGGAGCUAUAUGUGGCCGCUGCGGCUGCUGCGGCCGCUGCAGCUGUCGGAGGUCCGUCGAAUGCAGCCGAUAUUGAGAAUUCAAUGGGUGGAACCGGUGUUCCAGGACGUAAUUCAUCUAUGGUUGAUGGUGGCGCAGGAGGUUAUAUGCCCAGUUAUUUGGUUGGUGGGAUGACAGAUUCUAACUGCGGUUCCAAUUAUCAUCGGACUGGUUUACUACCGAACAGUGCAAACUAUCCCUCUAUGUUAUCCGGUCAUCUACCGUACGGACCCUAUUCAGCCCCAUCACCGACCUCAUCGGCAGGUAAUGGGAACGCCACAAACAGAACUCAGUUUCCUGGCGCCGGACAAUUUGGUUUGUUUCCUGGGUCCGGGGCAUCCCAAAGCACGACCGAUAUGAACUAUGGCUCCUCGGAUAUUAAUAUGGCGGCUGUGCAUUAUGCAGCUGCGCUAGCCCUACAACAGCAGCAACAGCAACAGCAACAGCAACAACAACAACAAAAACGAGGAACUUAUCCACCAGCAUCCAGUACUAAUGCAGGUCAAUCCUCACCGAACGCUUCUUCAGGAACAGCAUACAAUUCGCCCAAUGGAACCUAUCGUGGUUUGACUAACGGUCACAUGCCUGCUGGUUCACUUAACCCCACAUCGGCUGGUGCUGCUACCUCACCGUUCAAUUCAUCUUUCACAGGUUCCAAUUCCUCCGGUAGUAUACCACCGGCACAUUUACAGACCCAAGCCUCCUCGACCGGUGGUGGUGGUGGUGGUACACCGUCCGGUGGAGCGCCCCUACUCAUGGGUUCCAGUUCCCCCACGUCCUUCUCACCUACCAGUCGACAUCCGCUAGGGUUGACCAAUUAUGGACAUCAUGGAAGUCACCUGAACAGUCAUCAUCAUCACUCGGGAGGAUUUUUGGCCUCAGUUGGUGCGCAAGAUAGCCUAGCACAACCGUCUUUACAGGAUAUUCAUGCUGGUUAA